GGAGGGGUGACAUAAGUUUUGUAUACAAACCUUACGUGCGCGUAUACAUAUAUAUAUUUAACUUUUCUGCGUCCCAUUAUAUUCGUGAAUGUUCGCAUGAGCUUGCGUACAGUCUUCGUCUUCGCACUCGAGAGUGCGGAUCGUUCGAAGAGUUUUUUUCUAGUUUAAAACAAAUUUCGAAAACAAAACGAAAAUGAGGGUCCUGCAGACCGUAGUUCUGCUCGUGGCUGCUCUCGCCGGCUCAAUCACCUUCGCGGAUGCUUCGUAUUAUUACUCGGGGAGAGUUGUUAAUUAUGGUGGUUGUGCGAGUCAGCGGUGCGGUACGAAUGCGAAAUGUUCGAUGAGCGAGGGUCGGCCCGUCUGUUCGUGUCUUAAUCUUCACAUGGGAGAUCCUCUGGUUUCCUGCCACAGAGUCGAAUGUCAAAUUAACGAGGAUUGUCCAUCGACGAGAGUGUGUUCGCCAAGCAACACUUGCGUCGAUCCAUGCAUCGGUCUUUGUGGUACAAACGCAAGAUGUGAGGUCAAUCAACACAUUGCAAACUGUGCAUGUGCGCCUGGUUACGUCGGCGAUCCCUUCACUCAUUGUCACGUAGAAGAUCCUCAAGCAGCAUGUAAGCCGAGUCCUUGUGGUGUAAACACCAAAUGCGAAGUGGUUGACCGAGUGGCUGUUUGCUCCUGUUUGCCUGGAUAUCUUGGUUCACCACUAGCAGGUUGUCGUCACGAGUGCGAGAGCGAUUCCGAGUGUUCGGCUCAUCUUUCGUGUUCACCAAACUUUAGAUGCGAAUCUCCUUGCAACAAGUGCGGAGAAGGCGCCAAUUGCGACGUUGUCAAUCACCAGCCGAAAUGCUCUUGCCCGAGGAAUUGGCUUGGAAACCCCUACACAAGGUGUCAUCCAGAAUGCACUCAUCAUUCGGAAUGCUCAGGCAGCAAACCAGCUUGUCUCUAUCAAAAAUGUGUGAAUCCCUGCGAAGGAGCUUGCGGUAUCAAUGCAAAUUGUGAGCUUCGUGAUAUAACACCAGUAUGCAGUUGCCCAAGGCAUAUGACCGGAGAUCCCUUCAUCAGCUGUCGGCCCUUCGAACCAGCUGAUCUUUGUAAACCAAAUCCUUGUGGUGAAAACGCGAUUUGCACACCAGGACACGAUAACACCGGAAAGGAAAGACCAGUCUGUACUUGUCCGACUGGUUACACCGGUAACGCUCUGAGCUUUUGUAGACGCGGUGAAUGUCAAGUUGACAGCGAGUGCCCCGAUAAUCGUGCUUGCAUCGAUUACUUCUGUCAGAACCCUUGCACUGGUAAGGAAUGCGCGUCGAGUGCAAAAUGUGAAGCUCGCCAGCAUAUUGCGGUGUGCACUUGUCUCGACGGCACAAGAGGAGACGCAAUCUACGGUUGCAACAGGAUUGAAUCUGCAUACCGUAAUUACAGAACGUACAAUCGCGGUUGAAGAAUCCGAUACUAGUUCUGGUGCUUUUAUGUACAAACAUCAUUUGUUUACAAAAGUUUUAACAACAUGGAGAGAUAAAUAAAAACCUUCGCACAUUUUA